CGGGAACGCGGUCGGGCUAGGCACCGAGGUGCGGGGGCGGCAGGUGUAGGACGCGCCUCGGAGGACUGGAAGAGGACCGCAGGACAGGAGGUGGCCAGCUAUGUUCCACUUCUUCCGGAAGUCCGUGGAGUCUAAGAAGGGGCUGGGGCCGGGGCCUGAGAGAGAAGCAGACGGCUUUGUCCUUUUGGGUGACCCGGCAAAUGAGCAGAGAACAUCACCCCGAAGUAGCCCUCCGGCGGGAGCACAACAGCCUUCAGAGACAGACAUGGGAAAGCCCCCGUGUGGGAGCGCGCCAGGCCCUCGGAAGGACGACGCAGGCCCCAGCGUGGAGGGCUGCAGCGUCGUGGUGGAGCUGCUCAGGGACGUGCCCUUCACCUUGGCGCCACACGUGCUGGCAGUGCAGGGCACCCUGGGCGACCUUCCGCAGCAGCUGCUGAGCUCCCGGGUCAGCGACGACCUGUCGCGCUUCUGGUACGACUUCACCCUGGAGAACUCGGUGCUUUGUGACCCCUAGCGAGCAGCGCCUCCGCCUAUAAAGCCUCCCCUCGCUCCGUGCUCUCGUGUCAUUCUUUCUGUCCGCAGCCCGGCGCUGCUCCACUUCCAGGUACUCACUCCAGAAGCAGCCUCUGCCCUGUGGGAGGACGGACGGACGGACGGGUGUCUGCACGUCCUUCUCCAUGUCCUUCUCCACGUCCUUCUCCAUGUCCUCGGGCCAACAGGUGGCCGGGCUCCAUCUGACCUGCUGAGCCUGUCCGCCAGGUUCUCGCUCGAUCUCCCUCGGUGUUUGUCCAUCCAUCGCUCUUUCCUUCCCCUUCCUCCCUUUGCUUUUUCAUGGACAUUUCCUCGGCUGCUUCCUCAUGGGAGAGAGCGCUGGACUUAGAGCCGGAAAGAGCCGAGUUCAAAUGUGGCCCUAGAUCCUUGUUUAGCUACAUGACCCUGGACGAGUCACUGAACCGCUGCCUGCCUCAAUUUCCCCUGUGAAAUGGGAUGAACAGAGCGCGUGCCUCCCCGUUGUCGCUUCGCAGACCUUGGGGUGCCGCACGCACAUGCCUCCGAUGUCCCCGGAGCGACACUGUUUUUGCACAGAUCAGCCGCUGCUCGUCGGCCUCUCUGGAGUGACGGAUCACCCGUGGCCACGGUGUCGUCACUCCGGGAGGCCCAGCUCCUUCCUUCUCAGGCGUGGGGCAGAGGUCCGUCUCCUCCAGCCAACGGCUCCUUGGGGACAUCGCCUGGGGAGCACGUGAGGGCUCCCGGGGGCCCCCCAGAACUUGGCCCGGAGCCGCCAUCGUCCUGUCCACCGUAGGGACCCGGAGAGGGCAGCUGUGCUCGCGGGCUUCGUGUCGGCUGGACAAGUCACCAGAGUGGUCAGUGGAGCGCCUAUCGCGGCCAAGUGGGCCUUCUUGGGAAAGGGCCGCUUGGGCUGUGUGACCAAGCAGAGAGCUGCAUCCUCUAAUCAAACUGAGCCCAGAAAAUGUGACGCCGUUUGGGUCAUCGGUUCUUAGAACCGAGGCUUUUCUCAGACGCACCCUCAGAUCUAGUUUUACACUUCAGCCUUUUUCCUGAACACUGUUUUGUCAGAUCUUGUCUAAAAUACUCAUCAUUUCCUCCGUCUCUGUUACGGUGUCAAGUGCUAUGAUUUGCAGAAAACAUUUCUGAUUCUAUUAAAAUGAGAAUUAAAAUACGAAACA